UCCAAACAUAUUAGUACAGCGAUUAGCCAAGUCCGUACUACACACCCUCCAUUUGACCCCAUCACCAUGCAUGUAUGACAUGUAAGCAGCUACCUUAGCCCUAGAAGCAAGAACAAAAGCUUCUAAAGCCAGCCAUAUGGAGGAGAAGAAGCCGUCGGAAAUGGUCAAGGAGAGCGGUGGCGGAGUGGAAGUCGGAACUGAAGAUGAUGAUUUGGUGUUUCCUGGGUUCCGGUUCCAUCCGACGGAUCAGGAGCUCUUGAGCUUCUACCUUACGAGGAAGGUGCAGAAGAAGGGCUUCAGUAUUGACACCAUCAAGGAGGUCGACAUCUACAAGCACGACCCCUGGGAUCUUCCAAAUGAAGCUCGGCAUGUGGUGCAGGGCGCAGGAGACAAAGAAUGCUACUUCUUCUGCCUGCGUGGCCGCAAGUACAGGAACAGCAUCCGGCCCAACCGCGUCACCGGCUCCGGCUUCUGGAAGGCCACCGGCAUCGACAAGCCCAUACACGGCGGCGCCGGCGGCGAGUGCCUCGGGCUCAAGAAGUCCCUCGUCUACUACCGCGGCAGCGCCGGCAGGGGCACCAAGACCGACUGGAUGAUGCGCGAGUUCCGUCUCCCCUCGACGGCGGCGGCGGCGGCCGAGCUCCAAGAUGCAGAAAUCUGGACGAUAUGCCGGAUCUUCAAGAGGAACAUGUCCUACAACAGGAGGUGCCAGCAGCAGAAACAAGAACACGGCAGCAAACGAAGCCAGCAGCAGCAGCCGCAGCAGCAGUUGCAGUAUUACUAUGACUGCCGCUAUCACCAUCAGCACGGCGCUUCCAUGACGAGCAGCUUCGAUUCGUCAGAGGCGAGCGAGGCUUAUCCCACUGACCACCACCAGCCGCUCCUGCACGGUUUCCAUGGCGUGUCAUCAUCAGACAAAACAACAGCAGGUUCAUCAGGAUUGAUGGGAGCUCCUUUGCUGCCAUCGGUGUCAGUGUGGAGCGAGCUGACGACCUUCAGAGACAGCGGUAGCACCUGGGACGAGCUCGGGAGGAUCAUGGAGAUCUGACGACGGAUACAACUUGUCUACUUGCAUUGUAAAUACGAUCGCUAGCUUGCAUGGCUGUGUGGCAUCAGUUUUACAUUUCCCGAAUGUUUUAUGAACACGAGUGUAGCUGCAUAUGCUUGCAGUACGUACUCACCAGAUCGGAUGUGUAGUUUAGUUUUCUGCAGAAAACUCCUGAAUGAACUCCUUAGUAUGUUUUCUGAAAUCGAUCGGCAUACGUAUAUCCAACGUCACUGCAGAUAA